AUGGUGAUGCUAAGACUCGGGUUUCACACUCAGGUAGUCGGCUGGAUAAUGGAAUGUAUCUCGACAAUCACUUACUCCUACCUCAUCAAUGGAUCGCCCCGAGGGAAAGUGAAACCGAGCAGAGGAAUCCGUCAAGGAGACCCCUUAUCACCCUACAUAUUUAUCCUAUGUAGCGAGGUCUUAUCGGGGCUGUGUAAUAGAGCGCAGAAUCAAGGCCUCCUCCAAGGCCUGCGGGUGGCGCGAGGGAGUCCUCGAGUAAACCAUCUUCUUUUUGCGGACGACACGAUGUUCUUCGUCAAGGCAACAAGAGAGAGCUGCUCGGCCUUAAAAGAGAUACUGAUACAAUAUGAGACGGCCUCGGGACAGAAAAUAAAUGUGGACAAAUCUUCCAUCUCUUUUUCAAGGAAGACGCCAACUGAGCUUAAAGAUGUGAUGAAGGGGAUUUUGUCUAUACACAAAGAAGGUGGAGUAGGCAAGUAUUUAGGACUACCGGAACACUUCGGGAGAAGAAAAAGAGAUCUCUUCACAUCGAUAGUCGAUAGAAUCAAGAUAAAAGCCGUCGGAUGGUCCAACAAGUUCCUAUCAACAGCUGGGAAGAUGACUAUGUUACAAAGCGCCCUAACGUCCAUUCCCUCCCACGCGAUGACUUGUUUCAAGCUGCCCAAAUCCCUGACGAAGAAAAUCCAGUCGGCAUUGACAAGAUUCUGGUGGGACAGUAGUGACGGAGUUCGUAAAAUCGCUUGGGUCUCAUGGGAUUCCAUGGUGAAACCAAAAGGAAAAGGAGGACUUGGAUUCCGAGAUUUUGAAUGUUUUAAUGAUGCGUUUUUGGCAAAACUAGGAUGGAGAAUUUUAAAUCAGCCCGAGGGACUCCUGAGCAGAGUGCUGAAAGGCAAGUAUUGCAGCGAUGAGGGCUUUCUCACUGUCCCAUGUCGGGCUACCGCAUUGCAUGGAUGGAGAAGUGUGUUGAUAGGCAGAGAUUUAAUCGUAAGGAAUGCUGGAUGGGCCAUUGGAAACGGAGAGUCAGUAAAGGUAUGGAGCGACCCAUGGCUGAGCUUAACCUCUCAAGAGAGACCGAUAGGACCUGUGGCUGAAGCGCUCCAAGAUACCAAAGUUGCAGAGCUCAUUGACCACAACACAGGAGAAUGGGAUAGAGAAAAGAUCCAACUGAUAGCUCCCUUCGUGGAAGAGAAGAUACUCCUCAUCAAACCAAGCAAGUCUGGGGCUCCGGAUAAACUUAUAUGGCUUCGUACUCUCACUGGGGAGUAUACUACAAAAUCAGGAUACCAAACGGGACUCGAAGACAAUCAAAUAAUACCGGCACCCCCUGCGCUGCCUGCUGAUUUUGAUUGGCAAAGAGGGGUUUGGAACCUACAUACAGCUCCGAAAGUCAAACUUUUCCUUUGGAAAGUGAUGAACCGAGCUAUACCAGUUGGAGAACAACUUCUCCACCGCAACAUUGAUGUUGACCCCAAGUGUAUUAGAUGCGGCGAGACUGAAUCUAUCAAUCAUCUCCUACUCCACUGCACCUUUGCUAAAAAGAGCACCCCAGAAGAAACAUUAACUAAAGCGAUAACAACUGCAAAGGAAUGGACCAAUGCACAGUGCAAGGCAUCUCAAUCAUCACGAGCCUCCCUCUCCCCCCUGUUGACCAUAACAACGGACACUGCCUCUGUGCAAUCGGAUGGCGCUUGGAAUGGAGCUACACAGACAGCAGGACUUGGUCACCUGAUAACCUUCCAGCAAGAACAAUGGCCCCAAGCUUCAACAGCGCCUUUCGUGGCCUCACCUCUCGUCGCAGAAGCCCUAGCACUUAGAGCAGCGAUUAACAAAUGCAAGGAACUGGGAAUCCAGAAGAUCCAGUGCGAGUCAGACUCCUCUCAACUUAUUAAAGCAAUCAACGAUGGGAAUGCUGUAGCAGAGAUUUAUGGGAUUGUUGCAGACAUUAUUAUUCUAUCUAUGUCUUUUGUGAAUAUUUCCUUUGUUUGGAUCCCCCGGGAAAAAAACAAGGUUGCUGAUAGUUUAGCUAAGCAAGCUCUUUAUGAGCUCUCGUUUGUAUUGAACCCAACAGGGUUUUGA